GGCCCUCCUAGCGAAUCAUCCGGUUGUGGACUCGGGUGAGUGAUCUAAGAUGGGCAUAUAUCACUGCGUAAGAAUAUAAAAAUAAAUACUAGUGCCUGCGAUAAUAAAAAAGUAGCAGUUAUAACAGUAAAAGUUACAAAAUGAUAACGACGGAAGAAAAAGUAGAAGAGUCGCCGCAGGAACCUGAAGUGCACUUCCAGGCGCCGGCUAUUCAGAAUAAUCCUGAUGGAUGGGGUCCAUGUGAAUUGCCGGACCAGUUUCGCGAUAUACCGUACCAGCCAUUUUCUAAGGGUGACAGGUUAGGAAAAAUCGCUGACUGGACAGGUCUAGCUUUCCAGGAUAAAAAAUUCACAAAUAAAUACGCGUCUCAGUUUGGCUCAGGAAGUCAAUACGCUUAUUACCACGAUGAAGAUGAGUCGACGUUCCACUUGGUGGAUACAACUCGUGUCCAAAAGCCGCCUUACCAGCGCGGGCGCUUUGGGAAGAAUCAACGUAACUUCCGUGGACGAGGUAGUCAACGCGGUGGGAUGAAUGCAAUGCAACAGCUGGGCAAACUGAAGCCACGUGAACGUGAACGCAAAGGCCAGGCCAAACGCUGGGGUCGCCAACAAGGAUUUCGUAACAAUAAGAACAACCCGCCAAUAAAAAUUCGUGAUGCUUCGGUGACUGUACGACCUGACUGGACUACCAUCGAAGAAAUGGAUUUCCCUCGUCUGGCAAAAUUAAGUCUGCCGAAUAUAAAGGAUGGCGAGGACAUUCUAUGCUGCGGGUCAUUGGAGUACUAUGACAAAGCCUACGAUCGUGUCAAUGUUAAGAAUGAGAAACCGCUGCAGCGUAUUGACAGGAUCUUCCAUACUGUCACUACUACUGAUGAUCCCGUUAUCCGUAAAUUAUCAAAGACCGAGGGCACGGUUUUUGCUACUGAUGCUAUUCUGGCAACAAUAAUGUGUUGCACCAGGAGUAACUACAGCUGGGAUAUAGUUAUUGAGAAAAUUGGCGACAAACUCUUUUUUGACAAAAGAGACAACACCGAGUUUGAUUUGUUGACAGUAAAUGAAACCAGUGUUGAACCUCCAACAGAUGAUGGAAACUCGCUGAAUUCACCGCGAAACUUGGCACUUGAAGCCACAUUCAUCAAUCACAACUUCUCUCAGCAGGUUCUCAAGUCCAGUGAGCCUCGAUUUAAAUUUGAGGAAGGCAAUCCUUUUGUAUCUGAAGAAGAAGAAGGUGAUGUAGCAUCAGUUGCUUACCGAUACCGCAAGUGGGAUCUAAACAAUGGCAUCACUCUGGUAUGUCGUUGCGAGCACGACGCAGUAAUGCAAGGACCCAACGGCGAGACUCAGUUCCUGACAAUUAAAGCCCUAAACGAAUGGGACUCGAAGCUCGCCAAUGGUGUUGAGUGGCGCCAAAAGUUGGACACCCAGCGAGGUGCGGUUUUAGCCAACGAAUUACGUAACAACGCGUGCAAGCUCGCUAAGUGGACUGUCCAGGCUCUGCUUGCUGGAUCUGAUCAAAUCAAAUUCGGUUAUGUCUCACGUGCCAGCGUACGCGAUUCAUCCAAACAUGUUAUACUCGGAACACAACAAUACAAACCAAUCGAAUUCGCGACCCAGAUUAAUUUGAACAUGGACAACGCCUGGGGUAUUUUGCGCUGCAUCAUCGACAUCUGUCUCAAACAAAAAGACGGCAAAUACUUGAUCAUGAAGGACCCGAAUAAACCAAUGAUCCGGUUGUAUGACAUCCCAGACAAUACAUUUGAAAGCGAUGGCGAGGAAGAUGACGACGAGGAUGAACCUGUUAAUGAUGCUUUCCAAAACUAAUAUUUAUCAGAAAUAAAUUGUAUACAUAAUUAUCAAUACUUUGUUAUAUAUUAAUAAGAACGUCGUAUCUGUACUCGCCUGUUUUUAUUUAGAUUGCAUAUUAUGUCUUAUAAUACGCAUCCAGUUCUGAAAAUGUUUAGUUUUAUAUGAUACUGAAGUUAGCAGACGUCUAAUUAUUUUUGGAUUUUCUUUUAGGCGGUAAAUUAUAAAAAAAUCAAAAUUUGAAAAAAUUGCACUUGUAGUUUUUUAAUUUUUUUACAUGUGCAUAUUUCUAGUUUUUUUUUUUCGUAAUUGAUUUUUUGGAAAAACAAUCCGAAAAUUUUUGAUUGUCUGAUAACUUUGGGAUCGUUUUAGUUUUACAUGAUACUGAAGUUAGCAGACGUCUAAUAAUUUUUUGAUUUUCUUUUAGACGGUAAGUUUGAAAAAAAAAAAUUGAAAAAAUUGCACCUGUAGUUUUUAAAAUUUUCUACAUGUGCAUAUUUUUAUUUUUUAUUUUUUGUCAUUGAUUUGUUGAAAAAAAAAUCCAAAAAUUGUAAAUUGUCUGCUAACUGCAGGAUCAUUAGUUUUAUUCAUGACUUUAAUAAAAAAUAAAAUAGGAGUUUCCCUAGUAAGUUUUUUCAUUGAAGUUUUUAAAAAUUAAUUUUUAAUGUUAGUAUUCCUAAUUACAGACUCUAGCAGGACCACAUCAGGAAAAAAUUUUAGAAUUUUUGAAUAACUCUUCAUUAGAAGUCAAUAAAAAAAAUAACGUCUUCGUAGUUUAAAAUUUAUUGUUUUUAUUAAAUUUAACAAAUAAAUAGAAUUUUUAUCUUAUCAUUAAUUUUUUUUUUAUUAUCUACUUUCGUAGAA